UCUCCAGUUCGAAUUUCAUCUGAAACUGUGUUCCUCGCCAGGCUGCGGUGCCUGUGUCUCUCCCUCUCUCCCUCUUUCUGUCUCUCUCCUUCUCCCCUUGCUGUCUCUGUCUCUCCAGACAUGGCCCUCUGGCUCUCUUGGUCCAUCUCCCUCCUCCUGGCUGCCAGGGGCUGGGCCCAAGAACAGGAGCAAGGCCAGGCACCACUGGAACCAUACGACCGCCUGUUCAGCGCUGCAGUGGAGGCCUACUAUCGCAAUGACUGGCAAGGGGUCAUCAUCAACAUGGAGAGGGCCCUGCAGAACCAAGUAAAACUGCGAUGGAUUAAGGUCCAUUGCUGGACCCUCUGCAACAACAACACGAGGUUUGCCAUCUCCAGCAGCGAGCAGAACUUCUUCUUCGACACUAACUUCUUCAACACGGUGCUGAAGAAGGCCGACUGCCUGAAGCAGUGUGAGGAAGAGAAGCUGGGGCCUUACUCCAUGCAUCAGAUCUCCGAGGAGAUGCUACUUGAGUUCCAGAAGAGGAACCCCUACAAUUACCUGCAAAUGGCAUAUUUCAAGAUUAAGAAAUUGGAUAAGGCAGUGGCUGCAGCGUACACCUUCUAUGUAGUGAACCCUGAACACAUGGAGAUGAGGCAGAAUUUGGAGUAUUACAGGAUGAUGGCCGGCGUGAAAGAUUCCGACUUCAGGGACUUGGAAGCCAAGCCCCACAUGGAAGCUUUCCGUACGGGAGUCCGAUAUUACUCAGAUGAGCAGUUUGAGCCAGCAAUUGAGUUUUUGGAAAAUGCUUUAGGGGAAUAUUUCAAGGCGGAUAUGGAGUGUUGUGCUCUCUGUGAGGGUCCAUACAACUUUGACGGUUACAGUUAUAUGGAAUACAAUGCAGACCUGUUUCAGGCUAUAACAGAUCACUACAUCCAGGUGCUCAACUGCAAACAGAACUGUGUGACAGAGCUGGCGAGUCGGCCUGACAGAGAAACACCCAUUGAUGACUUCCUGCCCACCCAUUUUGACUACCUUCAAUUUGCAUAUUACAACACUGAAGACUACUCCAAGGCUAUCGAAUGUGCCAAAACCUAUUUGCUUUUCUAUCCCAAUGAUGAAGUAAUGAACCAGAACCUACAGUAUUACCAGGCAGUACUGGGAGAAGAACAGGCCGCAUCUCUCAGUCACAGAGAGAAUAUCCAGAGAUACAUCAACAACUCAUUACUGGAAAAGGAGUUACUGUACUUUGCCAAUGAGAUCUUUGGAGUCACCUUUAUAGAUCCAGACAAGUGGACCCCUGAGGACGUGAUGCCAGUUAAACUCAAAGAGAAGCAAAAGGUGGAACGAGAGACUGCAGCUCGGAUCAGCAAAGAAAUUGGAAACCUGAUGAAGGAGAUUGAGCAUCUGGUUGAUGAGAAAACCAAGGAAUCGUCUGAGAUUGUGAAGAUGGUGAGAGAAGGGGGCCCCUUGCUCUAUAAUGAUGUCAAGGUUACAAUGAACGCAAAAGUUUUGAAUGGAACUCAGAGAGUGGUGCUUGACAGUGUGAUCACAGGCAAGGAGUGUGAGGAGCUACGUUAUCUCUCCAAUGCUGCUGCAUCAAUGGGUGAUGGUUAUCAAGGGAAACCUUCUCCUCAUACACCAAAUGAGCGAUUCCAGGGAGUGACAGUACUCAAAGCACUAAAGCUCAGUCAGCAAGGCAGGAUCUCACUGAAAACAUCGAAGCUGUUUUACGACGUCAGUGAAAAAGCCCGCAGGAUCAUCGAAUCUUACUUCCGACUGGAAAACCCCCUCUACUUCUCCUAUACCCACCUCGUCUGUCGGACUGCAGUGGAAGGAAUCCAAGACAAUCGUGAAGACCUGAGCCACUCAGUCCAUGUUGACAACUGCAUACUAAACUCCGAAGCUUUGGAAUGUCGGAAAGAGCAUCCUGCCUACACUGAGCGGGAUUACAGUGCCAUUCUCUAUCUAAACCAUGAUUUUGAAGGUGGAGAUUUCAUUUUCACUGAAAUCGAUGCAAAAAACAUCACAGCGAAGGUGAAGCCGAGGUGUGGCCGUGUGGUGGGAUUCUCCUCGGGAGCAGAGAACCCACAUGGAGUCCAGGCUGUGACCAAAGGGCAGCGAUGUGCGGUGGCACUCUGGUUCACAUUAGACCCCCGGCAUAAGGAGCGGGAGAGGAUCGCGGCUGACGAUUUGGUGAAGAUGUUGUUCGGGGCGGAGGAGGAGCUGCAGCAAGACGAAGACGUCGUCAGUUCCCCGGGGUCUGAUGACGUGCCAACUGAGGCCUCACCUGUCGGGUCUGCCCCCGAGCCACCCACCACAACAACAUCAGAGUUGGAACGGGAAGAGGAAGAGGCACCGGUGUCCGAAUCCUCCACAAUAAACACAUCAGACUCCUCUCCAGGGGCAACAACUCCUGCCUUAGAUCAGAAAGAGCCAGCCAUUCCGAACAUGCCCACUGAGAAGGAGGAACUGUAAUGUGAUCAACAAGGGCACACUGCACCAUUCAGUUCCCUGUGGUUUGCUCUUUAGUUGCUACCGUCACGGCCUUCCAGUUCUGGACCUGAAAAACUGUGGAACCUGUUACCUCAUUCUAUCUCCUCUUCCUCUGACAGUCUGCAUGCUUUGAAUCACAGAGCAUGGCAUCUUUUGUUUUUGACCUCCCUGAAUUGUCGCCUCUCCCCGUGACUCCCAACCCUUCAGGUUUGGAGUCUUAUCCACCCACACUGCAACAUUCUGCAAUUGUUCCUAUGCAAAGAGUCAAAGUCUCUGAUCUUUAGUAGGCAACCCCAGCGAGAAACACAAGUGUUAAUGUUGUCCAGUCUCAACUAUCUCCACUCCAGUCUCUGCAACAUUUUCUUUUAAGGUUUUAACUUUGUGAAGGAAAUGUGGGUUCAGUGUUGUCCAUUUGACACUCAAAGCAUUUGUAGACAGCAUCAUUUAAAGGGGACAGAUUGUGACUCUGUUCUCUUGAAUUCCUCUGGCCUCUAUAGGGGUCUGUAUGCAGCUGAACAGUCAGUGGCUCUGUUACGUCUAAUUCCUCAAACAAAUGCUCACUCAGACACGCUCGCACGUACAUCAGAUUUAUACAGGGAUUAUCCAUUUGCAGUUAGGAAGCAGAAUUCUCAAUCAUGUUUCUUGCCAGGAAGGCAAAUAUAACACUCUCCUGCACAGAUCAGACAAUACAGCACAGACCACAGGUUCAAUCGCGAGCUAUCCAUGAAUAAUGUGCAUCAAAGAUCAAUCCUUUCACCCAUGAGUCAAUGGGAGAAUUCCUGACCUGAAUUCAUAUCCAGCGAAACUGGAAGCUCCUCUGACUGUGAAGUUCUGGUAAGAACCUGGAAAGAGUUAAUUGUAGGUUAGUUCUUGGUGGAGAAUGCUCCACACCAGCAAUGACCAUUCAUGCAACACUCUAUGGCCACAGAUAAACUUUAAAUCCCUCCUGCCAUGAACUUCAAUAAGGUUUCACGUUGCUCGUGCUCCUGCUGUUCGGACUCACCCGUUCAAUAAACCAACAGAGGUUGACAUGACCUUUUCCAAAGCUCCUGGAUCAACUAAGGUCAAAGUUGAAAGUCAGAGUGAGCUUCCCAAGGGACAGACUGGGGCUUCGGCUAACACCAGGUUCUGUCUUUCCUGAUGCAUCCAGUAAUGUGAGCUGAGUGUUUGUCAGUAGUGCUAUUGCUAUUGUCAGUGUUCAUUCAAACCAAUUCAGCCAGUAUUAACACCACACACCCAGUCAGUUUGGCCCAUACAAUGCUUUUUUUCUGAUUCGCAGAACAUGUUUGUUUAAUGCUUGGUGGUGUUGCUAAUUGCCUAUGGACAUUUAUGUGACCCAUAAUAUGUCUUUAAUGCUCUUCUUGAACGCGUCUUCCAGAAAUCUGCAGUAGGAAACUCUUGACUCCGCAGAGCGUCUCCAUCAUCUACAAGGCGCAAGGUCAGGAGUGUGAUGCUAUACUCUCUUCAUGCCUGAUUGGGUGCAGCUCCAACAACACUCAAGCCUCUUGCCACCAUCCAGGUCAAAGCAUCCCUCUGAAUUGGCAUGUUACCCAACUCUUUUCAACAAUGCCUCCCUCAGUUGCCGACCGACAGGGACAGCAGUGUGUGCCAUCUACAAGAUGCACUGCAGAAAUUCACCAAGCCUGCUUGGCAGCAUCUUCCAAACCUGUGACCUAUACCACCUUGAAGGGCCGCAGAGCCAAGGGAACACCACUCACCCUAAAGUUUCACUUCAAGCCACUCACUGACCUCGCUUGGAAAUUUCUCUUUGGUCACUUUCCUGGAAAAUUCCAGAACUCCCUUUUUAAUGAAACUGUGGGUUUCAUAUCUUCGCUGCAGGAUGGCAGUGCCUCAAGAAAGUGGCUGACUGCUUUCUCAAGGGGUAAUUAGGGACGGGCAAUAAAUGUGAGCUUAGGCAGUGAUGCUUAAACCCUACAAAUGAAUUUUUAAAAAAUCAUUGCUUAGACAAUACAAGCAAGCAAUGCUGUUUCCAAAUCUAUGGAGACACAAAGGGUUAAAAGGGUGGCAUGGUGGCUCAGUGGUUAGCACUGCUGUCUCACAGCGCCAGGGACCUGGGUUCGAUUCCCACCCUUGGAUGACUGUUUUUGUGGAGUUUGCACAUUCUUCCCGUGUCUGUGUGCGUUUCCUUUGGGUGCUCUGGUUACCUCCCACAAUCCGAAAAUGUGCAGGUCUGGUGAACGGGAACAUGCUAAAUUGCCCAUAGUGUUAGGUACAUUAGUCAGGGGUAAAUAUAUGGUAGGGGAAUGGGUCUAGGUGGGUUACUCUUUGGAGGGUCGGUGUGGACUUGUUGGGCCAAAGGGCCUGUUUCCAUACUGUAGGGAAUCUAGUCUAAAAAGUGACUUGGCAGCAGCUCCGAUAGGCUUUGUAUUCUCUAGUGCAAGUGCAGCAUUAGUGAUGGUAAUGACGGUCUCUGCCCAAUGAGCAGGCUUCAUUGUCACGCUCCUGAGGAUGAAUGAUUUUGCAGACCUGUGGAAUAAUGUGGAAUUUAACAAUGCAUCAAGUUUCUUUCAAAUUUAUUAUCCACGUAAUUCCAAAACAAGGGAGCAUUCCAACAGUGUGGUCCCCUGGGUGUAAAUGCCGGGCUGGAGAGGUUUACCAGCCUGAUAACUUCCACCAACAUGGCAUUUUUCACACUUGCCCCGGGUGAGUACAACGAACAUAGCUAUUGCCUUGACCAGGCCUGCCCUGCUAUCCCUCAAUGGCCCUGCUCCUCUGCCCUUAUUUAUACUAAUUUCCGUUCUCAGUAGCACCAAGUCAGACACUACUUGUCUUUUAUUUUAAAUCUAAGUAUCUCAAUGUUCAGGUGCACACCGUCAAGGUUUUGGUGCUGAACAAUUUGUGGAGUUUUAUCCAUAAAUAAAUAGUACUGUUUUGAUUGUGUACCUCCA